AUGUAUUACGACGAACAUCGAGCCGUUGCGGAGGAAGAGAUUACAUCGCACAAUUUCUGCUGUUUGGUUGAUGCCGCCGUGAUGCUGUACGACGAAGAAAAGGAAGAAAGAGACAAGAGGAUUUUCCAACUAAUCCUGAGAAAACCAAGAACUCCGGUGAAGAAAUCUGUUCCUAGAAGAACAAACCCACUUCAAUUGCCUUCUUCAUCACGAAACCCACUUCAAAGGCCUUCUUCUUCUUCAUCGCUUCUAUUCGACCUUAACAAGAUCCCGCCUGAUGAUUCCGAGAUGAGCCCUAACGCUUUUCCAUCUUCUCUCGGCGUUAACAUGAUCGCGGCCGCUGAUGACUCCGAGAUGAAAAACCCACAAAACCCUAGUUGUUCUUCAUCAUCGUCUCUGAGGAAUUACAUGAUAGUAGCUGAGCCGAACGAUUCGGAGAUGAGGAUCCCGCGAAACCCUAAUUACCAACCGUCUCUGUCUUCUUGCAUAACAGAGAAGCCAAACCGCAAGAGACGUGCCGUGCAAGGUAAUGGUGGUAAAUCCAAGAAACCAAAGGUUGAUGAUGCGUAUUCAUGGAUAGGGAAAAAGACUCCUGAGUCGCUGAUCCAGUUGAUGAGAGACACGAGCGAAUCUGUAACUAAAUGGGGAGCGAGAAGUGGCUUGAAGCUGAUUUUUCAGAGGAAACUGUUCAAAACAGAUGUGAACCCUAGUGAGAGCCGUCUCUCGAUGCCUUACAACGAACUCAUCUGUAAGGACUUCUUGACACUUGCGGAGCUGAGAAUCAUAAGAGAAGACAUCAACAAUCCUAAGAUCAAGAGAGGAGUUGGAGCGAUUCUCGUGGACGAAAAGAAUGUCAAACAUGGUGUGAUGUUGAAGAGAUGGGAGACGAAGAAUGGAAGCUGGAACUAUGCUUUGACUUGUGGCUGGAACGAUGUCGUAGAGGCUAAUGGACUGAAACUGGACGACAACAUCAGUAUCUGGUGUUUCAGGUGGGGAGGACUCCUCUGUUUUGCCCUUGUUACUCGUCCUCCAAUGGAGUAG